AUGUCUGAGCUUGAUGCUGACCUUUAUGGCGAUCUCUACGGCAACGAUGAGCCUGAAUUUCCAACUUCAGCAGAAAACGGCGACCAAUCUAAACCAGAAGAGUCUCUUCUAUCGGAAGCGCACCCUCAAGCGCCUGCUGCUUCCGCUGUGAAGGUUCCCCAACCGACAAUAUCAAAACAGCCUUCACCGGUCGUGCCGGCCGCCGCCAUCAAAGCACCUGUAACAGAGACCUAUCCAGUACAGACUUAUGAAGAAUACGCGUCGACUAAUGCUCAAUCUGGACCUCCUGCUUAUGCUACUCCCACUACACAGCAAAUUCCGACUUACCAGCAACCUCAGUCCGACUAUGCAUCAGACUUGGGCCAACAUGAAGGUGUGGGUAGUUAUGACCGCCAACAUAGCCACGAGAGGAGUGUACGGCCCUCGGAGAUGAAGGAUGAAGGGUGA